AUGUCACAAACUUCUAUCUCCAUUCCAAGCAAAUCCUCCAAAGAGAAAUCAAACCCUAAAAGUAUUGGCACUGAGAUAGAUCUCUUUGAUGUCAUUACUGAUGUUGUUCCCCUCUCGAUCGUUCAUGUCCAUGCAACUCCCAUGAGAAAGGCUAGAACUUCAUCUUCAAGGAAAGGCAAGCCUACUAAAGUAAGUACCUCAUCCAUUCCCUCAAUAACUGCUAGAAAUAUGAAUGAUCCUAAACCCCUAACUAUUGUGAAGAAACCCAUGUCCAUGACUAUCUUAGGGAUUAAUCCCAAGAUAAAUCUUGUGCUUGAUGUCUCCACAUCCUUGGCCCAACCAGAUAACAAUAUUGAGAACCCCAAAGACAAACUUGAUGUGGAUGCACCCACUCUGUCUCCUGAAAAAUCGCAAGAUAAAGAAAGGUCUGAAGAUAUGACUAAUGAGCUAGGUAACAAAGAUAAAAACCAUGUUGGUCAACCCACUGAAAUUGUUAACAUUGAGGAACUGGACUCUGAUGAUAUUCCUAUUGGAAAAGGCCAACUUGUUGGCUCCUCCAGCACUCCCUCCAAAUCUGUCAAGAACAAAACUAGUAUUGAUCCCACUAAAAAAUGGAGCAAGGUGGUGACUCAUGACAUCAUCUCUACUUCUAGAAAGCAAGCCCCUGGGAAGAAGAUACCAGCUAAUAUUUCUGAAGUUCCACUUGACAACAUUUCUUUUCACUCUGUUGAAAAAUGGAAAUUUGUUUAUCAAAGAAGGUUAGCACUGGAAAGGGAAUUGGGGAAGGAUGCUUUUGAAUGUAAAGAGGUGUUGAGUCUGAUUCAAGAAGCUGGUUUAAUAAAAACUGUAACAAGCUUUGGCAAGUGCUAUGAAAUGCUUGUAAAAGAGUUUAUUGUGAACAUCUCCAAGGAGUGUGAUAACAAAAGGAGAAGGGAAUUCAGAAAAGUGUAUAUCAGAGAAAGACAUGUGAAUUUUUCUCCUAAAAUAAUUAACAUGUUCUUGGGAAUAAAUGAAGAAGAACAAGCUAAAAUUGAAGUCUCUAACAAUGUCAUCUGCAGGGAGAUUACUGCUAAGCAAGUGAAGGAAUGGCCAAGGAAGGGGAAAUAG